CAUUUGGAGCUACACAAAUGUUAAUUUGCAAAGGUGUAAUAGGAAAAAAAAGGCAAGCUUUGUCCUACCUUAAACUAACCAUUAUCGUUCAACUGUUAAAGAAUUCAACAUAACGACACUAGCUAGGACGCCUUUUCCUCUCUUACAGUAACAUUGGCUGUAAGAGUAGCUAUCCCUUCCAACCAGAGGCACUUAUCUGUUUUUUUCAGCAAACGAAAUCACAACGAUUUCUUUGAAUCAAUAACUCAAAAAGCUUUGGCAGUGGAACAUUUUGUCAUCAGCAGGUCAAAAUGAGCCCUGGAGCACAGUCGGUAGCUGAUCUCACAGCAGAAAGCAAACCAACCACUGGUGAUAUCCCGCCUCCUUUGGUAGGUGCCUCAACGACUGUAGUAGACGAUGAGGUUUAUGUUUUCGGUGGUCGUCUGGUAUCGUCACGCCAAAUGACAAAUCAACUCUACAUCUUAAAUUUGAGAACUUUGGUCUGGACACAUUAUGUCGCCCCGCUCGACUCAGCACCACCACCGCAAGCAAGAUAUUUUCAUACAACCAACCUAUUUGAAAAGCACUUGAUUAUAUUUGGCGGCAUGAGUUAUUCUGGUGGACGCCGUUCUUCACAAACUCUUUGCGCACUGGACGAUAUAUAUUUAUUCGAUUUAGAACGAAUGGUUUGGAUUCAUUUGGAUAUUCAACCUAGCUUAUAUGCUCCACAGGCUCGCUAUGCACAUUUAUCUGUUUGCUUCGGGAAUAAGCUGGUUGUCAUGGGUGGCCAGGACAUGUCAAAUCAAUACAUCAACGAAAUCAAUGUAUUUGAUUUAGAGAAGAAUGCAUGGAUUCAUGGCGGUUUUCUCGAUCAACAGUUCGGCGCUUAUCGAUCAGUUACAUUUUCUCCUUUCGACGUUGAUAUGGGGACACUGCCUUCGCGCCCAUUUUGGGAAAAGCAGCAUAUGAUUAAUGAGCUACCAUUAUGUACAUACUCUAACUAUAAUUUCACAGAUGUAACUCGCGACCUACAAACAUUUUCACCCCUUACUUCUACAAUUGAGUUCAAAGACCAUUCAACAGACAUGUCUGGAGCAGCAUUACCUCCUGGUCUUCGUUUUCCGUCUGGUAAUGUUUUGGGCCAUCAUUUGAUAAUAACAGGAACCUAUCUUACACCAACACACCGGUCCUUUCAUAUAUGGGCCCUAAAUCUUUCAAACCUAGUAUGGCUGCGAAUUGACACAGGAUCUGUGCUCGCUCAGGGCUCAUGGAAUAGAGGUGUGUUAUAUAAAGAUGAAAAGAAAUGUGUAAUAUUCGGGGAUAGAAACAGAGAUUUGCUUGAGGAUUACAAUCAUCGACAAGUGAAUUUUACGCAUGUUGCCAUUGUUGAUUUGGAAACGUUUGGAAUAUACUCAUAUCCGAAAGAAACAUGCACUCCGAUUGCACAAGAGCUAGGAUUAAGUAUGCUUAAUGAACCAGGCAUGGCUGAUGUAGAAAUUGUCACAAAUGAUGGCCGGACCAUCCCUGCUAAUUCAAGCGUAAUUGCUCUUAGAUGGCCGUAUUUCCGUGAAUUAUUGGAGGCCCAGCCUAAGAGUUCUGCAGGCUUCAAGAAAUUGGUGUUCCCUGAAACAUAUUCGGUUACUUUAGCAUUACUGCAGUUCCUUUACACCGACCAUCUUAUGACAGCACAACAGCAUCAGCCACAAAUACUUUCACGUUUAUUGAUUCUUUCGGACAUAUAUGAGCUUCCACGACUAGGUGUUUUGGCAACUCAUGCCUUGCAUCAAAAUUUGACCAUCUCAACGGCUAGUAUGGUUUAUGAAACCUCUGCGUUGACCGGACGGACUGCACUUCAAGUCCGUGCCCUACGAGUGAUGAUCAAUGCAAAGAGGAUGCUGCAACAACAACAACAACAACAACAACAACAACAACAACAACAGCAACGCCAACAAGUAGGGAUAAAUACAGCUGAUUAUUACCAAACACUUCCCGAUUCUUCAUCAACUGUAUUUUCGUCAGCUCUGGCAAGUAAAUCUUCAGGCGAAGAAGAGCGUAGCGUUUUUCAAACACAAGCGUCUCCAAAUCUAACCACUUUAAGACGCUUAACCGCAUCCAAAUCGUCAACAACGUCUUCCUCCGACAAAAAUCAUACCAUGCCACUUACAAUGCCAUCUCCCAAGCUAUCAAAAUCAAGCAACCUGUUACAGCAAAGUAUAAAAUUCAAAUCCCCACCUUUAUUUUUUGACAGGCCACGGAAAGGAAGCUUAAUACCGUUGCCAAACAUGAUGACGAACCCGAAUUCAUUGCAACAUUCCAUUAAUGGAUCUAACACAGGUAUACGUUUUUGAAGGGUUCAGUAAGCACAGUAGACAAAAGCAAUAAAUAAAUUCAGCAGCAUCCCUCUUUUUAUACAUAACAUAUAGCACAACAUUUAAAGAUCAUUUUGUAAUAUCAUGUUAGCCGGUCUUGUUGAGGGCUUUUUAUUUUUUGUACCGCUUGCAUAGAGCGCUCGCACGUACAAAAAGAGCGUAAUGA